GCAGAGUGAAAAACAAACCGGCUCAAAACUGAAACAGACAGUAUAAUAACAACCUAUUAUUAUUAUAAUUAUUAUAAUUAUUAUGUAAUUAUGUUAAAUGUUAAGGCUACAGAGUGUACUGUUAAAAUAUUUUCCAUUUAGUGCAGGUAAGAGUUUCUGCCCUUUUCAAUAAUAUCAGGAUCUAUAUUAUUGUUCACACAAUGAGCGAUUGUUUCCUUAAUGAACAAACUUCUCAUUUCAUGUCUCUCCCUUUUAAUUAAUAACUCAAGUUAUUGUGAAUUGUUGGUUUUCUGUUGCCCAACAACAGCUGCUAGUAAAUCAGGGAAUGGUUACUGGUGUUCACUGCAAAAACAUAAAAUCUUACCGAAUAUUUUUGGUCUAGUUUCUACUGCAAAUAUUUUAGUUCACUUACAAUAAGACAAAAGACUUGUAAGUAGCUUUUCAGCAAGAUAUAGAAGUUAGUUUUAAAUAAAUAAUUUCUUAAUAUUGGUGAAAAGGUUUUAGUUCCAUUGGCAGAUUAUUUCACUUAUGGGGAAAAUGUCGUGUUGUAAGUUAAAUAACCUGCAAAUGGAACCAAAACAUUUUCAUCUAAGGCAUUAUUAAUUACCAACUAAUUAAAAUAAGUCCUGCUGAAAAGUUAUUUGUAAGUUAGUUUUGUCUUAUUUCAAGUAUGUUAAGAUACUGAUGAAACUAGACCAAAAUUAUUUGGUAAGAUUUUGUUUUUACAGUGAAUUGCUGGUGUUUUGAACAGCUUUUAUCAGCUUUUAGUGCUUUUAUCCUCACUCUGAGAAAUGUUGAAUCAUGUAUUUUUUCAGGCAUCACCACUUUCUUUUUAUGAAAUACUGACAGCUCCACCUAUCAAAGUUAUUUCCUCACCCUCUCAGAUCUUGAUAAUCUAAGGGUGUGGCCAUCAGGUACAUUCCACCUUAGAUGACGUCCACUGGAAGCGAUAAAAGUACCGGUGAAGCUCAGAGGCAUUCUUACCGAGAGCCGGACUAGAGAAGAGAGGAUUUCAGAUGGAUAAAUUCUCCUGUUCCAUCUGUUUGGAUCUACUGAAGGAUCCGGUAACUAUUCCCUGUGGACACAGUUACUGUAUGAACUGUAUUAAACACCACUGGGAUGGAGAAGAUCAGAGGAAAAUCUACAGCUGCCCUCAGUGCAGGAAAGAGUUCAAACCGAGACCUGUCCUAAAAAAAAACAUGAUGCUAGCUGCCUUAGUGGAGGAUCUGAAGAAGAAUGGACUCCAAGCUGCUCCAGCUGAUCACUGCUAUGCUGGACCUGAAGAUGUGGCCUGUGAUGUCUGCAAUGGGAGGAAGAUGAAAGCUGUCAAGUCCUGCUUAUUUUGUUUGGCUUCAUAUUGUGAGAAUCACCUGCAAACUCACUACAAUGUUCCGCCAUUAAGGAAACACAAGUUGGUGAAUCCCUCGAAGAACCUCCAGGAGAACAUCUGCUCUCGUCAUGAUGAGGUGAUGAAGAUCUUCUGCCGCACUGAUCAGCAGUGUAUCUGUUAUCUCUGCACUAUGGAGGAACAUAAAGGCCAUGAAACAGUCCCAGCUGCAGCAGAAAGAGCUGAGAAGCAGAAGAAGCUUCAGGAGAGUCGACAACAAAUCCAUCAGAGAAUCCAGGACCAGGAGAAAGAUAUGAAGCUGCUUCAACAGGAGGUGGAGGCCAUCAAUGUCUCUGCUGAUAAAGCAGUGGAGGACAGUGAGAAGAUCUUCACUGAGCUGAUCCGUCUCCUCCAGAAAAGAAGCUCUGAUGUGAAGCAGCAGAUCAGAUCCCAGCAGGAAACUGAAGUGAGUCGAGUCAAAGAUGUUCAGGAGAAGCUGGAGCAGGAGAUCACUGAGCUGAAGAGGAAAGACGCUGAGCUGGAGCAGCUCUCACACACAGAGGAUCACACCCAGUUUCUCCUCAACUACCCCUCACUGCCAGCACUCAGUGAGUCUACACACUCAUCCAGCAUCAACAUCCGUCCUCUGAGACACUUUGAGGACGUGACAGCAGCUGUGUCAGAGCUCAGAGACAAACUACAGGACAUCCUGAGAGACUCAUGGACAAACAUCGAACAGGCAGUCACUGAAGUCGAUGUUCUACUGUUUAGACCAGAACCAAAUUCCAGAGCUGAAUUCCUGGAAUAUGUUCGACACGUCAAUCUGGACCCAAACACAGCACACAGUUAUCUGUUCCUGUCUGACGAUGAUGGAAGAGCAACUUUGACUAAACAAAAACAGUCAUAUAUUGAUCAUCCAGAUCGAUUCAGUUCUUGGAUUCAGGUAUUAAGUAAAAACAGUCUGACUGGGCGUUGUUACUGGGAGGUGGAGUGGGGAGGAGGAGGUGUUGAAGUGGCAGUUUCAUACCCAAGUAUCAGCAGGGCAGGUAACUCGCAUGAAUGUGCCUUUGGCUUCAAUGAAAACUCCUGGGCUUUGCGUUGUGAUGGCAGAAGUUACACAAUCAGGAUUAACAAAGUCGAAACCAAAAUACCAGGUCCAGUUUCCUCCAGAGUCGGAGUGUACCUGGACCACAGAGCAGGUAUUCUGCGUUUCUACAGCGUCUCUGAAACCAUGACUCUCCUCCACACAGUCCAGACAACAUUUACUCAGCCGCUACAUGCUGGGUUUGGGUUCUUUAACUACUAUUUGUACUAUUCAGGAGGAGACACAGCUGAGUUCGUCAAACCGUAAUAGGAGUAGUUGGUUUAAUUCUUUAAUUUUCAUAUAUAUUCCUUGUUGUGUUUUACUAUGUCAUCAUUAUUAAAUGUUCAACUGUCAAUCAUUUUCCGUAGGAGUCUAAUUUAAAAGUUCACUUAUUUCUGGUUUUGAUUAGAUUUAGUCUAUUUAUGGAUGAGAUGCUUGGCUACAGAUACUGCAGUAGCUUAUACACAUGAAAUAUCUACCUUUACAAAUUUUACUCAACCAAAUGUAAAUUUUGAUUCUUGUACCUAAAAUGUACAUAAUUUUACUUUGUACCUAAAAUACAUUAAUAAAGCUGCUCUGUCUUUGCAAUAUGUA